AUGUCUGACGUCCAGAAACCUGUUGAGGAGACCCCUGUCGCCGCUCCUGCCGUUGCGCCUGCCGCUGAAACUCCCGUUGAGACCACCGCGACUGAGAACCCGGCUGCGGAGGCUCCCAAGGAAAUCCCCACUGAGAACGCUGAGGCCACUCCCACUGCCACCGAGGACAAGAAGGACAAGGCUCCUGCUGAAGAGCCCAAGGAGGAGGCUAAGGAAGAGGUGACCCCCGCAUCAGAGGGCGUGCUCGGUCACAAGGCCCCCGGUCUCGUCAAGGGUCUGCGCUUCUCCAAGCGCUUCUUCUACUUCAGCGAUGACGCUGUCGAGGCCAAACAGCUCUCUGCUUUCCACCAGAACGAGAAGCCCGCUGUUGCCAACCCCAUUGCUGCCUGGGCUAGCCAGACCGGCAAGGGUCUUCUGUUCUUCACCAAGCGCGCCGAGGACAAGAACACUCCUACCGGCAUCUUCAGCCUGGCCGAUGUCACGGAUGUCACCAAGGAGGGUUCCAGCGAGUUCAUCUUCAAGGUGAACGGCCACAAGCACACCUUCCAGGCUGCUAGCACCGCCGAGCGUGACAGCUGGGUCGCUGCCCUUGAGGCCAAGAUUGCCGAUGCCAAGGCUGAGAAGGAGGCUAUCACCUCCAGCGAGGGCUACAAGGCUGAGCUUGAGAAGCUGAGCGGACCUGCCGUCGCCGAGCCUAAGAAGGCCGCUGAGAAGCCCGUUGAGGCCAAGGAAGAGGCCAAGGAGGAGGCUGCCCCCGCCGAGGAGAACAAGGACAACAAGGCCAAGAGCCGUUCCCAGUCUCGCAAGCGCGCCAGCAUUUUCGGAACUCUCCUGGGCAAGAAGGAAGAGACUGAGGAGAAGAAGGAAGCGGACAAGACCGAGGAGUCUAAGUCUGCUGAGGCCGCCCCCGAGGCCACUGAAGCUCCCGCCGUUGCCGAGGCUGCUGAGGCUCCUGCUGCUGCUUCUGCCGCCGCCGCCGCUGCUCCUGCCGAGCCCACCGAACCCAAGGAGGAAAAGGAAGAGAAGAAGGAAGAAGAAAGGAAGGAGGAAAAGAAGGAGGAGAAGAAGGCCAAGCGCACUUCCCGCUUCGGCAACUUCUUCCAGAAGGUCACCAGCCCUUCUCACGAGAAAUCUGAAAAGGAGGCCACCGCCCCUACUGAGCCCUCCGCCGUUGCCAGCACUGCUCCUCAGCUCGACAACCCUGUUGAGGAGGCUGCUGUGAAGCCCAUUGAGCCUGAGGCUGUGACUGCCCCCGCUGAGGCCGAGGCUGCUAAGGAUGUCGCUGCCCCCGCUUCCCCUGCCGCUGAGACUCCCAAGGACAAGCGUCGCACCUCUUUCUUCGGCAACUUCGGCAAGAAGAAGGGCGACUCUGACAACGAGGCCGAGGGCGAGUCCAAGCCCAAGCCCAACAAGUUGGGCGGUCUCUUCCGCAAGCCCAGCAAGGCUGUGAAGUCGGAGCCCAAGGAGGCUUCCACUGAGACCGAAGGCAAGGCUGAGGGUGCCCCCAAGGAGGCCACCGUUCCCGAGUCCGCUGAGGAGUCUAAGCCCGCCGAGCCUUCCACCACCACUGAGGAGGCUAAGCCCGCCAACGUCUCUUCCACCUCCGCCCCCGUCCAGGCUGCUGCAUGA